AAAAUGCGAUCUGUACGUACAUCAUCAAAUUGGCUAAUCACAUUUUUCUCAGUAAAAUGUAGCUUCACUUGCCAACCGAAGAACUAAUGUGAGGACUUUUACACUUUGAAGAAAAAUUGAUUGAUGUACCAGAAAGGAACAAUUUAUUUGACCACUCAGUGCAAAGAUGGCCAUUUUCUUUGACCAUCGAGUCCAGUCAGGGUCAUCUAGCCAUGUAGACAUUGCAUGGCAUAAUGAGCAACCUUUACUGGCUGUGGCCAUGAGAGGACAGCAGGGGGAAGGAGGUGUUGUUCAUGUUUUCAAUGAAGAGGGCGAGCCACUUCCAGUGGCGAGCCUCCAGCGCUCAUGCUAUUCCACCUCGCUGGCCUGGCACCCCACCCAUCCGUCGGUGGCCGUGGGCUGGGAGAGCGGAGAGAUUCUGAUCUGGAACGAGCAGGAUCAGCAGCUCCAGGAAGCCAGUAAGCUGCACAAGGCCCAGGUUUGCCUGCUCCAGUGGAGCGCCAGUGGUCAGCGCUUGCUCUCAGGAGAUAAGGAAGGGAGGUUGAUCAUGUGGAAGAGUGAUGGGAAGGGGCAUCUCUCCAACAGCCCUAUCAGUCAGCUGCCGUCCCAACAGACCCCCACUCAGUGCCUCUUUCCCCAUGGUGGACCAGGACAGGAAUCAGGGAAUCGGAGUGGAAGUGUACCAUGGAAUAACAGUAUCUUCAGCAAGCCUUCUUCAAACAGUCUCAUAGGGGAUGGUAAUGCCUGCUUUGUAGGGGGAGAGGAAGGACACAUUGUCUUUAUGGAUGACAAGGGCAAUAUGUCCCAGGCGGUGACGGUAGAAGGCCCCAUCAAGAAACUGCUGUACAAUAGCCACAGGAAUGUCAUGGUGGUGGUCACCAGAUCAAUGGCUCUCUCACAAUACAGUGUGUCACAGGAUGGCAAGCUUACAGAGAUGAUGAAGGUGAAGCUGAGUGGCAAGCCCAAUGAUAGUGACUGUGACAUGGUUUGGGCUGGUAAGGGUAUUCUAGCUACUGCAUCUGGAGAGUCAUUAGUCAGGAUGUGGGAUCUUGAUAAGGAUGAUAACUAUGUUCUUGCUCUGGAUAAGAAUGUAGGCUUUGAGAUGGGUGAAAAUAUCACUUGUGUUGCAUUCUCUUCAAAAAAGGGUAUACUGGCAGGAGGUACAGACAGAGGCCGGGUAGCCAUGUGGCGCUAUUCCCCUGUUCCAGGUGUCUUGGGGCGUAGACAGGAGGGGGAGACCAAGUGGAAGCUGCAGGCCCCCUGUAACCUUGAGGGGCAGCUGGGGCAGAUCAAGUGGGGGUCCAGGAGGGAUCUUCUGGCUACCAAUAGCUUUGCUGGGGUGGUGAUCCUCAAUGAACACAUCAUGAGUGCCAGUAUGAAGGAUCAGGUUGCAGUAGUCCAGGCUGGACCCAGUGCUCUCUCAGUGGAUGUCUUUCCUAAUGGCUCUCAUCAUGAUAUCAAGACAGACAUACAUAUCAAGGGCAUAUGCAACACGAAGGACCAUGUUGCUGUAUGGAACGGCAAGCAGGCAGUAGUCUAUGAGGUCAGCCAAACCAUCAGGGCAACAGGGACCUUCUCAACUGACUCCAAGAUGGUUCGUAUCCAUGAGCAAAAUGCCUAUACCACGGAACCAGGAAAGAUACAAGUCAGGACAUUCCAGGGCACUGUGAAGCAGCUCAUCUCCAUGAAUGAGAAUGAAGGGGAGCCCUGUACCAUGGAUAUGAUGGGGAAUUACCUAGUUGUUGGAACUUCAGGAGGAUUUGUGAAGAUGUAUGAUGUGUCAAGGAGAGAGGCUAAGCCUCACAAUGCUCCGAAGAACUUGAUGGAUGUUAUACCAGGCAUGGGAAGCAUUCUCAUGGCUAAGGCUAACUGUAACAGUACAAAGCUGGCCAUCAUCAUCUCCAAGAGUGAUGGCACCACUGACCCCAAACUCUAUGUGUGGGACCCUGAUCUGGACACCUUGGGUUUCUUUGACCUCAAGACAGGUCAUGGUGACCAGGAGGAUGAGCCUCUUAGCAAGGAUGAUGACAUCACCGAUGCAGAAAGGGGUCGUGAGGAAGCCGCCCAGGACGUAGCAGGCCGUUACCCCACCAAUAUCUUCUGGGAUGCCCACGAACCCAAGCUCUUGGUAUGCGAGGCUAAGCUGUCCCAAAAUGAGGAGACCAGUACUACCCCUAGGAAGGCAGCUUCCCUUCUUAGCACCAUAGUCAAUACACAGCCUGAGAUGAUGGUGGUAUCUCUCUUCACAACCUUGGAGCAUGGUGUGGUUCUCCAGGAUAGCUUUGGGCACAUCCAAGGUACCUUACUGGGUGUAGAAGUACCCUACUUCUACUUCAUCAAGAAGGCUGGGGAAGGGAAAGCAAAGAAAGGAGUAUUACCUGGGGAGAAGAUGGAUGACCCGGGACCAAUCUCCUCAUCUUCGCUGGUUGCUAGGCAGGUGAUGAGGAACUUUGCUGGCCUGGAGGAUGCAGAUAAGAGCGCCAGGGAUGCAAUGAUGAACUUUAGCUACUACCUGACCAUUGGGAAUAUGGAUGAAGCCUUCAAAGCCAUCAAACUCAUCAAGAGUGAAUCUGUAUGGGAGAACAUGGCAAAGAUGUGCGUGAAGACCAGACGGCUGGACGUGGCCCGAGUGUGUCUUGGUAACAUGGGCCAUGCCAGGGGUGCCCGAGCCCUCAGAGAGGCAGAGAAUGAACCUGAGCUAGAUGCCAGGGUGGCCAUGCUUGCAGUUCAGCUUGGUCUACUUGAGGAUGCUGAGAGACUGUAUAAGAACUGUGGACGCUACGACCUUCUUAAUGCAUUCUAUCAGGCUAGUGGACAGUGGGGAAAGGCCAUGGAGACAGCUGAGCUGAAUGAUCGCAUCCAUUUGAGGACCACUUACUACCACUAUGCCAAGCAUCUUGAAGCAAAGGGAGACAUCAAUGGAGCUAUUCCAAACUAUGAGAAGUCUGAUACCCAUCGCUUUGAGGUUCCCAGAAUGCUGUUUGAUGAGCCACAGGCCUUAGAGGCGUACAUUAUGAAGACAAAAGACAGAGCCCUGAGGAAGUGGUGGGCACAGUACAUGGAGAGUACUGGAGAGAUGGAGACAGCCUUGCAGUUCUAUGAGGCAGCCCAGGACUACCUGUCCCUAGUCAGGGUCUACUGCUACUGUGGUAAUCUAGAUAAGGCUGCCGAGAUUGCAAAUGAAACAGGUGAUAGAGCAGCAUGUUACCAUCUAGCAAGACAGCAUGAAAAUCAGGAUAACAUCAAAGAAUCCAUCCAUUUCUUCACCAGAGCCCAGGCAUACAGCCAAGCUAUCAGGUUAUGUAAGGAACAUGAUAUGGAAGACCAACUGAUGAACCUAGCUUUGAUGAGCAGCAAGGAAGACAUGAUAGAAGCAGCCCGAUACUAUGAACAGAACCCCAACACUCAUGAUAAAGCUGUCAUGCUGUUCCACAAGGGUGGACAUUUCUCUAAGGCUCUUGAGCUUGCCUUUGAGAGCCAGCAAUUCGGCGCCCUACAGCUCAUCUCUGAGGACCUGGAUGAAAGAACAGACCCUGUGCUACUCAACCGAUGUGCCCAGUUCUUCAUGGAGCACGGCCAGUAUAACAAAGCUGUUGAUCUACUGGUUGUCGCUGGAAAGUAUUUUGAGGCCUUGGAGCUGUGCCAGGACCACAAUGUGAGCAUCACAGAGCGCCUUGCUGAGAAGAUGACCCUCUCCAAGGAUGAUAGCCAGGGUGACAUGAGGCUGAAGCUCCUAGAGAAGGUUGCUGACCUCUGCUUCCUCCAGGGCUCCUACCACCUGGCAACAAAGAAGUACACUCAGGCUGGCAACAAGGUCAAGGCCAUGCGAGCGCUCCUCAAAUCUGGCGACACCGAAAAAAUCAUCUUCUUUGCGGGUGUGUCCCGUCAGAAGGAGAUCUAUGUGAUGGCAGCCAACUAUCUCCAAUCCCUGGACUGGCGGAAGGAUCCAGAGAUCAUGAAGAACAUCAUUGGUUUCUACACCAAAGGCAGAGCUCUUGACUCCCUGGCUGGCUUCUAUGAUGCCUGUGCACAAGUUGAGAUUGACGAGUAUCAGAACUAUGACAAGGCCCUUGGAGCUUUGACAGAGGCUUACAAGUGUCUGAGCAAGGCUAAAGUCAAGAACCAGACACAGAUAGAGGACAAACUUGGAGCCCUCAAGCAUCGUAUUAGUCUGGUCAAGAAGUUUGUCCAAGCAAGAAGAGCUUAUGAUGAGGAACCUGAGGAAUCAAUGCGACAGUGCCAAGUCCUCCUUGAAGAGUCUGAACUAGACAGUGCUGUCCGGAUCGGUGAUGUCUAUGGAAUGAUGGUUGAACACUAUGCUAGACAGGAGAACUAUAAGAAGGCCUAUGCAUUUAUGGAAGAGAUGCGAUCAAGGAUAGCCACUGUCAACAUGGCCUACUACAUCAACAUCCGCACGAUUGAGGCAGUGCACCAAGCACUGGACAUACCCCUUGGGCGGGGUACAGGGGCAGAGAAGAAGGGUAUGGUGAUGGGCAAUGAUCUAGGACAGGAUGAGGAUGAUGGAGAGGAGGUGGAGGAAGAGGUGCAGGAGGAUUAUAAUGAGGAUGAGGCUUACUGCUGAUGUUGAUAUUAAUCAAUUAGUUGGAUUACUGUAUAAGUAGUUAUUUUUGUGAUUCUCACUAAAUACUUUUUGAUGGCAAAUUUAACACGCAAAAAUAUUUCCAGCAAGUAAUGUCACAUGUUGAAUUCACUUUCCUGUUGCUUGUCGCACACGGCGUUUAUACAUAGUAGCACGAGCUUUCAUCUGGUCGUAGGGCGCAGCCUGCGACCACUCUUUAAUAGAUUAUUUUCAUUUAUUUCUUUAAAAAUUCAUUCUUAUAUCAUGAUGAUUGUGAUAAUCAUUAGUGAGUUUAUGAUCCACGGAAAUAAAAUAAUAAUUAUUGUAAAGAAUAUAAUUUUUAGUGGUUGUGGCUUUACGCAAAUUGAUCUCCUCACAAAUUUGUCCUUGAAACCCCUGAUCCAAGCCAUUAUCUUUUUCAUACAUACAUGAUGUAGGCAUGUAUACUACGGUUAAACCUGUGUCUGAAGAUGGCUCAGUAGUGACUAGAAAUCCAAGAGAUUAGGGAAAUAAAAAAUGUUAUUCUUGGUUCUUCAAGGUCAGGGGUCAUCAGACUAAAUAUCUUAUGUUGAAAUGCUCUUGUUUCAAAUUCUCUGUGUAGGAAUCAAAAGCAACAACUCUUUACGUGUACCUUCUUAUAAUAAUCAACCAGUAAUAUACAUGCCUGUUUACAUAUGUUUUGGUACAUUAUUGCUGAAUGAAAGGGAUGAUAUUUCUGAUUUUCAGAAUACUAUGGUGCCUGAUUUGAUGAUAGAACAGGCUGUUUUCACUCUGAUGAUAUAAAAUUACUUUUAUAAGGGUUUUCUACUAGAUUGCUUUUGUUUUGUCAUUCAAGAAUUAAAUUUCACCUUUUUCCUUCUCUAUUCAAAAUUAA